UCUACACAGGCGUGCUCAUAUACAAGAAACUCGCUGUCUGGAAGAACCAGGGCAUCUGAAGCGCACCGGUUAUUUCGAUCGCGUUCCGAACCGGAGCCGUACAGCAGUGAUCCAGGAUAUUUGAGGCGAGCUUUCUGUAACAGACCGUACGAUCAUGGUUGCACCACCUCCUCGCAAGGUCACCGUGGAGGAAGACGACCUGGACGACUUGGACGACGUCCUUGAGCAAUUCAGCGCGCCACCGAAGCCUGCCGCUCAGCCCGCCACAGCACCUUCGUCAUCGUCCAAGUCUCCACCUCCCGCAUCUUCCAAGGAUGCUGCAGCGCCCCCAUCGACACAGCCCCAGCCAAAACCCACAGACCCGCUCGGGAUGGACGGGCUCGACGACGACUUCGCGCGCGAGCUCAUGAAAGGCAUGGAGUCCCUCUUCCGGGACGUCGCACAGGGCGCGGGGCUCGACGACGUCCCCCACCCGGAGGACGCGCCCGAAGACGACAGCCCGAUGACGGCCGAGGAGCGGCAAAAGGUGUUCCAGAAGGCGUGGGAGGCCAUGCUCAUCGACAGCCUGAACGAGCAGUUUAGCCCGGAGGAGGUCGCCGCGCUCAAGAGUGGCGGCAAGGGCAAGGAGGCGGAGGGUCCAGCGAAGCCCGUGGGGGCGAACGCUGGUCCGCCGCAGUCGUUCCAGGAGAAUAUCGAGCGGGCGAUGCACAAGCUGAAGGAGAGCAACCAGAAGGCAGAUGAGGCUUCCGCGACGGGUGCUGGCGGGCUUGAAGAUAUGUUCGCUCGGUUGGCAAAUAUGACCUCGCAGGAUUCCGAGGAGGAGAUGAAGGGUAUGCUCGAGACGAUGAUGUCGUCGCUCAUGAGCAAAGACGUGUUGUAUGAGCCGCUGAAGGAGUUGCAUGAGAAGUUCCCCGGGUACCUCAAGGAACACGACGCGACACUCAGCGCGGAGGACAAGACGCGGUAUCAGACGCAGUUCAAGAUCGUAGCGCAAAUAGUCACUAUCUUCGAGGACCCAAGCUACUCUGAAGACGAUCCGCAAAGUGGCGUCAAAGUGGUCGAGUUGAUGCAGGAGAUGCAAGAUCACGGUUCACCGCCAUCAGAGAUCAUGGGCCCUCUGCCGCCAGGAUUCGAGCUUGGGACGGACGGACUCCCAAAGCUACCUGAAGGGUGCACUAUCGCAUGAUACCUCCGAAGAGGUGAUGGAAGGUAAUGACAAUGUACGAUCCGUUGUAGUAUCCCACAUAAUGAGAUAGGUACCUUCUU